AUGCGGUCGCCCCCUUGGGAAAGUACAUAUCUGGGAGCAGCAGGCGGCUCCGCGCUCGCACUCCGGCUCGGCCGCCCCACCGCGCGCUCGCCUCGCCGCUCCCGCCGCAGCCCCAGGGCCCCUCGCCGCCGCCACCAUGGACGCCAUCAAGAAGAAGAUGCAGAUGCUCAAGCUCGACAAGGAGAACGCCUUGGAUCGAGCCGAGCAGGCGGAAGCCGAUAAGAAGGCGGCGGAGGACAGAAGCAAGCAGUUCGAGGAGGACAUCGCGGCGAAGGAGAAGCUGCUGCGGGCGUCGGAGGACGAGCGGGACCGGGUGCUGGAGGAGCUGCACAAGGCGGAGGACAGCCUCCUGGCCGCGGAUGAGGCCGCCGCCAAGGCUGAAGCCGAUGUAGCUUCUCUGAACAGACGCAUCCAGCUGGUUGAGGAAGAGUUGGAUCGUGCCCAAGAGCGACUAGCAACAGCUUUGCAGAAGCUGGAGGAGGCUGAGAAGGCCGCGGACGAGAGCGAGAGAGGCAUGAAAGUCAUUGAAAGUCGAGCCCAAAAAGAUGAGGAAAAAAUGGAAAUUCAGGAGAUCCAACUGAAAGAGGCCAAGCACAUUGCUGAAGAUGCCGACCGCAAGUAUGAAGAGGUGGCCCGUAAGCUGGUCAUCAUCGAGAGUGACCUGGAACGCGCGGAGGAGCGGGCUGAGCUCUCGGAAAGCAAAUGUGCCGAGCUUGAAGAAGAAUUGAAAACUGUGACGAACAACUUGAAGUCACUGGAGGCUCAGGCUGAGAAGUACUCGCAGAAGGAAGACAAAUAUGAGGAAGAGAUCAAGGUCCUAUCUGACAAGCUGAAGGAGGCCGAGACUCGGGCUGAAUUUGCGGAGAGGUCAGUAACUAAGUUGGAGAAAAGCAUUGAUGACUUAGAAGAUCAACUCUACCAGCAACUUGAGCAAAACCGCCGCCUAACUAACCAACUAAAGCUGGCCCUGAAUGAGGAUUAAACUUAAGUGGGAAAGACCUUGGGCUGAAUUCUAGGAAUGGAGGCCAUGGGCAGGAAAUCUAAGACUGCCGUACCUUCAACUAAUAGGGCUGACAACACUUGCUUUCUGCAGAAUUGUACAUGGAAGGAAUUAGCUAAAAAGCUGGCUUCACCUGUGUUUUCUUCUUAUAUCUGGAAUAAUUAAGUUCUCUUUAAACCCCGAAACUGCUUUUGUGGUAAAAUUACAUAUAUGUAUAUGAAUUAAAUAUAACAAUUCAAUCGCAGGUCCUCGUGUUUGAACUGAUACAUAAUGAGGACCAAAAAUUGUUUUCUAUUUCCUACAGAGAACUGAGUCCUGCUUUAAGUUAGAAAGCCAAAGCAGAGGAGUAACUAUACACAUAUAUAUAUUAUAUAUAGGAUGCAAUAUAUAAUAUAUAUAUACACAUAUAGCUAUUACAUAUUCAUAUUCCUAACUUCGUAAUAUCUGGUAUAGUGUUUGAUUAAAUGUACCUAUGCUUGGGCAAAAUAGCUUUUGAAAACAGGAGCUCAUGUCAGAAGUCCCUGAUUGUCUGAAAGGUAUGCUUUUAUUCCGUCUAAUGGUGUUGUUGGAACCUGGUGAGAAUGUCAUUCUAAUAAUAAAUAGAACACUAUAAGAAUAGUAAGAGAAUGUCCUACUGAAGUGUGCAUGAAAUAUGUUGAUACUCAUUUUUUUUAAUGAGCAGCAGAAAUAAAUCGUUUUAAAAGUUGUCAGAAAACCUACUUACUUC